AUGAUAGAUGAUAAAAUAUUAGUUGCAUCAAAUACCAAGAUCAGAGUUCUCACGUUAGAUAACGGAGAAGAACUACUUAAGUUUUCCACAGAUGUUGGUCUGGUGAAGCAUAUGCAUAUGUUGGAUGAUACAAACACCAUAAUUACAUAUGUAUUUGGUGACAAGAAUCUGCACAUGUGGAAAAAAUGGAUAAAGUCAACAACCAUUAGCUGCAAGAAGUUAUGA